GUCGUAUGGUACCGAUUUUUAAGUCAGCUAAAAUAGUUUUACUCAAUUUUCGUUCCGUGCAAUAACAUUUUAAAAAUUUUCCGAUAGUUUCAAACCAAAUUUUAUAAAAAACAUUUGCUAGGCAUCCUGAAUUUUCCUCAUUGGCGUGGGCAGAAAAUAAAUACAUAAACGAAAAUUGCUAGCGACGAUGUGAAACAAAUAAACACAAUUGUAGCUCACAAUUUCUUGCAUCCGCGCUGCCUGUCUAAAAUUUCAGUCAAUUUAAAACGUUCGUCGUGAGCGGAAGUGUCACUGUUUGAAUAAUCAAUUUUGAGUCGAAAUCUCGCAGGAGAGGAAAAUUCGCGUGCAUACACUUCCCAAUAAGUGUGAUAUUGGCACUACCAUCGCGAAAAUUCGUUCGUGCAAUUCAUAAUUCAAUUGCCAAAGCUAAACAAAUUUUAAAUUGCGGCGAGAAACAACUGAGUAGCAGUGCAGUAGAAUUUGCAAAAGCAUAACUACAAAUAUUUCUAAAAUAUUACUAAAGUCGUUCGCAAAUCACAAAAACUACUUUUAAUAAUCAUGUUGUUUAUGUGUCAUCAAAUGGCGAUAAAGAAGGAAGCCAAUGACAAAGCGAAAGCCGCCAAACUUCGAAGGGCACAAAUUGGCGUUGGCGUACCAAUUGUUUGGAUUUUGGGUGGUCCCGGUUGCGGCAAAGGUACACAAUGCGCUAAAAUUGUCGAGAAAUACGGAUUUACACAUCUCAGCUCUGGCGAUUUGCUGCGUGCAGAAGUCGCCUCAGGUUCUGAUAAGGGCCGCGAGCUGGAAGCCAUAAUGAAGGAGGGUAAAUUGGUGCCUAAUGAAGCAGUACUGUGCCUGCUAGCCAGAGCUAUUGCCGAUAAUAAAUGCGAUGCGAAAGGCUUUCUAAUUGAUGGCUAUCCGCGCGAGAAGGAUCAGGGUGCAGCUUUUGAGCGAAACAUUGCGCCUGCGGAUUUGAUUAUCUACUUUGAUUGUUCAGAUGAUGUUAUGGUCCAACGCAUUUUGGGACGUGCAGCUGCUUCGACAGAAGUGCGCGCCGAUGACAAUGAAGCAACCAUCAAAACUCGUCUCACGACCUUUCGAACAAAUACUAAUGCCAUUCUGGAGCAAUACACAGAUAAAACAAUAACGCUCAAUGCCGAACGUUCCGCUGACGAAAUUUUUGUUGAUGUGCAACGUGCAUUGGAUUGUCUGAUUCAAAAGAAGGCUCAAGCGGUUGCAUGCGCCUAAUUAAUGACUCUAUAAUGAAUAUUUAGUGCAUACCACAAACACAAAUAACAAAAUUAACGUUGAUGCACGUAAAAAUGCUGUAGCACAAUUGAAACACGCAUACGAACCCAAGCAAUUGAUAUUAGCUAAUUUAGAGGCAGAAACCAAAAGAAACAAUUUACUUAAGAAAUACUUUAAAUGAUAUGCGAACAAUUUUUUUGCGGUGAGCAGAACUGCAUGCUCAAAUACAUGUACAUAUAUACCGUCAACGCUUGAGUAACUGGCCGCCAAAGAAAAAGUUGCAUAAGUGUAUAGAAAAUUAUUAUUAAAUUGUACUUUAGUGCAAUAAUAAGAUCUACUUAUAUAGAGGAAAUGUGUGCUUUAAUAAAAACUUACUAUGUACUUUAUUUAUUUAUUGUAAAACAAACACCAAAAAGCAAUAGAAAAAAACCGAAAGCAAUCUAUAAUAGAAAAAAAAUAAAAACAGAAAGAAAAA